CUCCCCGCCCGGUGAGGGCACCCCCCGCCCCCGGCUCUCGGCCCGGCCCGGGCGCCGCCACGUCUGCGCCUCCAGCAGGAGGGGGAUGGCUGCGUGGAACUUAUUUGCCCUGCAAGAACUCAUGGAAUCAAAAGUCCUGAUCAGGAGCUUGCUGAGUGAGCUAUAAGGAAAGUCUCUGCUGGUCCCAGAGCUGACUUAACUAAAUGAUGGGCUGUGAAUUGGCAGGAAAAGUUUGCUCUGAAUUUAUUCAGGAUGGCAGGAUGAGAAAGCACUGAAAAAGCUGCAGACAAUCUACAUCCUUGUGCAAGAGGAGAAGUGUUAGACUCUGAUCACCUGAAGAAACGUAGGACAGUGAUGCCUGUUUUGUCUGUAAAAUGCUACUCUCAGUAAUAUGUCACAGGGACAGUGGUUGCCAGCAUGCCAUGACUGCUUGCAAAGCCAAAUUGAAACUUCAGCAUAGAGCGAAAAGGAGAAGGAUGACACUAGUGAACAUGUCAAGAUUCAAAGGACUUACAAGUGAAAAAAGAGAAGGAAGAAGAGAGGGUUUUUUGAUAGUCUGGAACAAGGCAAAUGAAAACAGAAGGAGACAGCAUUUGCCUGGCUCCUCCGGACUGACUGCUAAUCGUUGGAGUUGUUCUUCGGGAGCUGUGGGAAAGAGGUCGGCGGCGGCGGGGCGGCGCUGGACAGCUCCGGAGCGCGGCGGGCGCCCAUGUUCCGGAGGCGGCGCAGAUGUGACGUGAUGCCCGUUGUUUUGGUCCGCCCGACCAAUCGGACGCGGCGGUUGGAUUCUACGGGAGCCGGGAUGGGCCCUCGGUGGCGGCAGCAGGACUCUCCCCUGCCGACCAUAACGCAUUGCGCAGGGCGCAGCACCGCCUGGUCCUCCUGCGGCUUUAACGGCGCGGGCAUGGAAACCCCGCUGCAGUUCCCGCCGGGCUUCUGCGCCGAGCAGCAGCAGCGCCCGCCGCCGCCGCAGUGCCAGCCGCCGCCGUCGCACGGCCAGGACAAGCAGAGCCUCCUCCAGCAGCAGCAGCAGCAGCAGCACAGCCCAUGCCUCCAGUGCAACAACUGCGCCUACUACGGGGCUGCUGCGGCAGCAGCGGGGGAUAACCUGCCCCUGCUGCUCCGCACCGCUUCGCCCCUCUCGGGCGCCUUCCGGACGCACUCGUCGCCGCUCUCCUCCGCCGCCUCCUCCCGGCAGGGCAGCCAGCUGAACGUCAGCGAGCUGACCCCCUCCAGCCAUGCCGGCUCGGCCAGGCAGCCCCACCAGUACCCCCAGUACCACCAGUGCCAUAGCCUGCAGCAGCAGCAGGCAGCCAGCCCCAGCAGCAGUGUCAGCAGCGGCAGCACUCACCACCACCAUCACCACCACCAGCAGCAGCAGCAGCAGCAGCAGCGCCGGGAGAGCAACCCCUUCACCGAAAUAGCCAUGAGCAGCUGCAGGUACAACGGCGGCGUCAUGCGGCCGCUCAGCAACCUGAGCUCGUCCCGCAGGAACCUCCACGAGCUGGACUCCGAGGCGCAGCCGCUCCAGCCGCCGCUCGCCAGCCCCAGCCCCGCCGCCGCCCCGGAGAUCGUGGUGUCCAAGCCCGAGCACAACAACUCCAACAACCUGGCGCUCUACGGCCCCGCCGGCCCCGGCCCGGGCCCCGGCGCCCCAAACAACGGCGGCAGCAAGUCCAGCAAGAAGAAGAACCAGAACAUCGGCUAUAAGCUGGGGCAUCGCCGCGCGCUCUUCGAGAAGCGCAAGCGCCUCAGCGACUACGCGCUCAUCUUCGGCAUGUUCGGCAUCGUGGUCAUGGUCAUCGAGACCGAGCUGUCCUGGGGCGCCUACACCAAGGAGUCGCUGUAUUCCCUCGCUCUGAAAUGCCUUAUUAGCCUCUCCACGAUUAUCCUGCUCGGCCUCAUUGUUGUGUACCACGCCAGGGAGAUCCAGUUGUUCAUGGUGGACAAUGGAGCAGAUGACUGGAGAAUAGCCAUGACUUAUGAGCGUAUUUUCUUUAUCUGCUUGGAAAUACUGGUGUGUGCUAUACAUCCCAUACCUGGGAACUAUACAUUCACAUGGACAGCCCGGCUCGCCUUUUCUUACGCUCCAUCCACAACAACAGCUGAUGUGGAUAUUAUUUUAUCUAUACCAAUGUUCUUAAGACUAUAUCUUAUUGCCAGAGUUAUGCUGUUGCAUAGCAAACUUUUCACUGAUGCCUCAUCUAGAAGCAUUGGAGCAUUAAAUAAGAUAAACUUCAAUACCCGUUUUGUUAUGAAGACUUUAAUGACAAUAUGCCCAGGAACUGUACUGUUGGUUUUUAGUAUCUCAUUAUGGAUAAUUGCUGCAUGGACUGUCCGAGCUUGUGAAAGGUACCAUGAUCAACAGGAUGUUACUAGCAACUUUCUUGGAGCAAUGUGGUUGAUUUCAAUAACUUUUCUAUCCAUUGGAUAUGGUGACAUGGUACCUAAUACAUACUGUGGGAAAGGAGUCUGUUUACUCACUGGAAUCAUGGGUGCUGGGUGCACUGCACUGGUGGUAGCUGUGGUUGCAAGGAAGUUAGAACUUACCAAAGCUGAAAAACAUGUGCAUAAUUUCAUGAUGGACACCCAGCUAACUAAAAGAGUGAAAAAUGCAGCGGCCAAUGUACUCAGGGAAACAUGGUUAAUUUAUAAAAACACAAAGCUGGUUAAAAAGAUAGACCAUGCGAAAGUAAGGAAACAUCAACGCAAAUUCUUGCAAGCUAUUCAUCAAUUAAGAAGUGUAAAAAUGGAACAAAGGAAACUGAACGAUCAAGCCAACACUUUGGUGGACCUGGCAAAGACUCAAAAUAUCAUGUACGACAUGAUUUCUGACUUAAAUGAAAGAAGUGAAGAUUUUGAGAAGAGAAUUGUUACUCUGGAAACUAAACUGGAAACUUUAAUUGGUAGCAUUCAAGCUCUCCCGGGACUGAUUAGCCAGACAAUCAGCCAGCAACAGAGGGAUUUCCUCGAGGCUCAGAUACAAAAUUAUGAUAAGCAUGUCGCCUACAGUGCUGAGCGAUCACGGUCUUUGUCAAGAAGAAGGAGAUCCUCCUCCACAGCACCACCAACUUCAUCAGAGAGUAGCUAGAAGACAAUAAGUUAACCACAAAAUAAAGACUUUUUUGCCAUCAUAUGGUCAAUAUUUUAGCUUUUAUUGUAAAGCCCUAUGGUUCUAAUCAGCGUUAUCUGGGUUCUGAUGUCAGAAUCCUGGAAACCUGAACACAAUGUUUUAGGCCAAAAUGAGUGAAAACUUUUUUUUUUUUUUCCUUUUUUUUCCCCUCUUCCUCCUCUCAGAUGCACAGUGAAUGCACCUAUUAUUGCUAUAUUAGAUUGUUCCUCCUGUAAUUUCACUAACUUUUUAUUCAUGCACUUCAAACAAACUUUACUACUACAGUAUAUAAUAUAAUAAAAAGGUUAAUUUCUGCA